AUGGAGGUGGAAGACGAUGACUCAGAACCUGUGCAGGGCUGCGCGGAGCCGCCGAAGGUUCCGAGCGAGGAGCUUCAAGCAGCUACGCCUGUUGAGGCCUCAGCGGAGGCCAAGGAUGAGCGGGCAGAGUGUGCCACGAAGGCGAACCAGGAGAAGAGCGAGGAGCCUCAAGCGGCUACUACUGCUGAGACGCCUGUGGAGGCCAAGAACGAGCGGGCAGGGGGCGCCGCACAGGCGAACCAGCGGAAGGGCGAGCAGGAGGAGCUUCAAGCAGCUACUGCAGGUGAGACACCUGUGGAGGACAAGAAGGAGGUCAAGAACAAGCGGGCAAAGUGCGUCGCAAAGAAGGACAGCAAGGAGCCUCCAGUGGCGGCGAAGACCAAGCGGGCAGAGCGUGUGAAGAAGAGCGAGGAGCUUCACGCUACAGGCGAGAUGCCUGUCAAGGCUUUGGAGGCCAAGAAGGACCAGAAGAAUGAGGAGCUUCAAGCGGCUCCUACGGGCAAGACACCUGCAGAGGCCACGCCAGAGUGCAGCGGUGGUGAUGGAAGCGGACGCAAGAGAAGGACCCCGUCAGAGAAGAGGCGCGUUCACCGCAAGGCGUGCGAGAGGUGGCAUGAAAAAUGGCUUCAGAAGGGCGUCCCAAGGAAUCCUACCAGCACAAAGGCAACGAGCUCUGAUGACAAGGCGAAGGGCAAGAACAAGCGCGCGAAGCGUGCCACGAAGGCGAACCAGAAGAAGGAGGGCGUGCAGAAGCGGGGCAAGCGGGACCUGCGAACUGAGAAGGCCUCCUUCAUUCGCGAAUUUGUGGACAAGUUUACCGGAGUGGAGGUGGGACAGGAAAGGGUCUUGUUGGCCAACAAGGCCUGGAUGGAGUCUGAGACCCGGGCCAAUUUCAUGUCAGCAAAGGCUGGCCGUCAGUUGAUUUGA